CAGUAGUCUACAUCAGGCCCUUAUGAGGUGCAGCACACCGAUCGUCAAUACGUCGUCGUCGUUCGGUCGGUCGUUUACACAUUUGCACUGUUACCAGCGACAGCGGAAAAAGCACACGACCUUUGGAGGAGUGCUAGCGUGUGUACCUGGACAGGGUGGAAGUAAUUAGAAUUCGAAUCCGAAGCAACUUCCUACUGACGAUCUCCACUCUACUUCGUGUGAUUGGUGGAGGUGCGCAAAUCGUGCACACAAUAGCACUGCCAAGGAGUGCGCGUGUGGAUUACAGUUGCGGGCUCCGGAUUUGUCACCGCAAACGGCCAUCAACAGGUCGCACAGGGCUCGACAAUCGUGAGUGAGUGACGGGGCCAGUCGUUAUGGAGCUGUUACUGAAGUUAGUUGCGUUGGUGCUGCGGUUGGUGAACUGCGUACUGGAACCGAUCCUAGCGCGGAUCGGUGGUCCAAAGCGCCAGGAACCGUUCCCGGUGAUCCGCGAUGAGGUGUUGCGAGUGCCGGCGGUCGAGCUGGCGGAGCAGAUACGCACGGGUAGCCUCCGAUCGGUCGAUGUGGUCCGUGCGUACGUACUGCGCAUCCGUGAGGUGAAUCCACUGAUCAACGCCGUGGUGGAGGAGCGUUUUGAGGCGGCGCUAGCCGAGGCCGUGGCCGCCGAUGAGACGGUUGCCAUUGCGCGCCGUAAUGGUGAUUCGUUGGAGGAGCUGGCCAAACGGUCGCCACUGCUCGGUGUACCGAUUACGGUGAAGGAAAGCUGCUCGGUCAAGGGACUGUCGUUGGGUGGUGGUGUCGUACGGCGUCAAAACAUUACGGCCGAAGCGGAUGGUGAGGCGGUCCGGUUGCUACGGGAGGCCGGUGCGGUCGUGCUGCUCGUCUCCAACACACCCGAGUACUGUUUGGGUUUCGAGGCGUACAACAACGUGACCGGCUGGACGCUGAAUCCGUACGAUCCGCGACGCAGUGCGGCCGGUUCGUCGGGGGGCGAAGGCGCCCUGAUCGGUGCCGGUGCAUCGGUGUGCGGUGUGGGCAGCGAUCUGGCCGGUUCGAUCCGCAUUCCGGCCCUGUUCAGUGGCAUCUUUGGACACAAACCCACGGCCGGUGUGGUCUCCAUUAAGGGCCACAUGCCCGUUUGCACCGAUGCCCACUUCGAUCAGUAUCUGUCGCUCGGUCCGAUGUGUCGGUACGCCAAGGAUCUACCGCUGCUGCUGGAGGUGAUGAGCGGUGCGAAUGCUGCCAAACUGCGGCUCAACGAACCGGUCGAUGUGACGAAGCUGAAGAUCUACUAUCCCCAGAAGCUCGAUCUGCGCAUUAACGCCGUACCGAUUGCACCGGAAAUUCGCGAAUGUUUACGCAGCGCCGUGAAACACUUCCAGAACAAGGGCAUCUACUCGGAGACGAUCAACUUCAAGCACUUCCGCGAUAGUAUGCAGAUCGCAUCGACGGAACUGCAAACACUGGCGGAGGUACCGUCGGUCUUUGCCAAUCCGAACGCAAACCUGCUCUGGGAGCUGGUGAAGGUUGUGGUGGGGCAAUCGGAGCACACGUUUGCUGCCCUCUUCAUGAACAUCCUGUCGGCAACGAAGCGAACCGUUAGCGAGAAGGACCGAAAGCGAUACCUUCGCAUGUCGGCCGAAUUUAAGCAGGACAUUACCGAAAGACUCGGUACCGAUGGUGUGUUUCUGAUGCCCUCCUUCCCGAAGCCCGCCUUAAGGCAUUACGAAUCGUUCGGUCACGUUACGGGCUUCAUGUACACGGCCGUGAUUAAUGCGCUAGGGUUGCCGGCUACCCAAGUGCCUCUUGGAUUCAACCGUCACGGACUGCCGGUCGGUAUACAGGUCGUUGCGGGCCCCAAUCAGGAUCGAUUGUGUCUUCGGGUGGCUCAGGAGCUCGAAUCGGCCUUAGGUGGAUGGCAACCACCGAAAUAGAGGGCUAGAGGGAGAAAAGAGCACACCGUAUCGAGUGUAUGCGAGGUGUGUUUUGUGAGUGCGUAGCGAGCUGAGUAUGAGAUUCCAUUUUUCCGCAUAACACUGCACUGCACACUGGCCUAGCUGGGUACUGGUUAGAUGCGUGCGACACCUGAAACCGUUGGGAUGAGUUGGACCGGAACCUUUGAGCCUGGAGUUGGUUUAUGCUGAAACGCAUGUAUCCGCUUCCCGGUGGGGCUCGUGGGGCGUCCAUUACGUUUUUUUGUAACCACAAGAUCAGUUAAUAAACAAUAGGAACAAUACAUGCUGUUGGUUUUUCUUAAUCUUUGUUUAAUCGAGAUUUUUCCACUUUGCUGUUGAGUUUAGCUAUUUAAAUGUUUAGUGUUCCUUUUCAUAAUUGUUAGUGUAGUUGGGAUUGGUAUAUGCUUUCAAAGCAUUUGGAAAUAAUUUUCAAACAAAACUAAAUAGAAAUUGCAGCACAGUA